UGCAUGCGCGUGCAUCGUGCGGAUACCAAACGAACAAAAGAAUCAACUUGACAAUGGAAGGAAAAUGUGUUUUGAUGUAAAUUUCCUUGGCAAACUCGUGGAAAUCAGUCCAUUUUGUUGAGUGCUGUGCUACUGAUCGGCUAACACCAGCGGAGCCUGCCGAAAAAUCCAAAAUGUCCAACGUGUCAGUUCAAAAACAGGUGCCGACCGACGGCCCCCUUGAGAAAUCGGCUCAUAGUGUUGAUAAGAAAGUCAGAAAAACAGAUGGUAGAUCCGCGCCAGCCUCGAGCAACGGUGACGACGACAUAACGGAAGAGGAGGAAAAUAAGUUGCUGGCGGACGAUGAUGACGAUUUGGACGUCAUCGAUUGCUACACGGAGGAUUUCGAUAGCGACAUGGAGAAUGAUUUUUGUAGAAGAGAGGCAACGAAGGAGAAGGUAAGGGAAAACAAAGCAAGUGUUGAAAACAGUAAACCAUGUAGUGAGACGGAGAAAGAGUCGAAAGAAGUAGAGAAGAGGUCGGAGAAGAUGCCUGAAGAAGCUGUAAACAGUAAGGAAAAGUGUUCAGAGAAAACAUUGCUCGAUCCCGAUGAUGAUGUAAUUGAAAUAGAUGAUGACAUUUCGGAUACCUUCAUGAAACCUUCAAAUGGUGUGGUGGAUGAUGCAAAACCAGAAAUAUCGCUUGGUGUAAAGAACGAAAUGGAGAAGGAACGAAUUCUUAGAGAACCGCUGGUGAAGCAGAUUAUCAUCCCGGAGAUAUGCGUUUCGGACGUAGAAGACGAUAAGAAUUCGAUGGGAAGCCAGGAAUCGCUGAGCUUGCAGAUCGAUCACUUUGUGGAAAAAGUAUCCGAAAUUAUGGAUGGGAUCCAGGACAAACAAAAGGCCGGCAGCAGGAACGAUUCAUCGGCAGCUAAGAUUAGUCCUGCAUUGAACAGCAGUGGUGAGACGAGUGAAGUUGGCAUCUACGGCUGUCAUCAAGAAGAUCCCGACGUUUUACGGCUCAAGUUAGAUCUUUAUCAGGAGAUGGGUGAAAUGGAUUACGAGCAAGAUGACAAAACAGAUGAAGACGGCGAUAAAAGUAUAAGGGCGAGAGUGAAGCAAGAGUUCUCAUCGCCGAUAAAACAACGACCAGAUUUUUCCCAACCGGAAGACAUUUUUACAAUUGAAUUGACUUCAACCGAUGAGGAUACCGAGCCCGUUAGUCAGGUUAAAGUGGAGGUACCUAAACUCAAAAAGAAGAGGAACAAAAAAGGCAAAAAGAAAACAUCCCCCCAGAGUCUUGAUCUAACAAUGGUAUCGUCGGAGGACUCAUUCCCUAUCGUAGCUGAAUCGACGGUUUCGGAACGGUCCAUCGAAUCACGCAUCAGAAACGACUCCGAAGGAUCCUUUGACGAUGUUGGUGAACGGGUAAAGUCCUUACGUAACCGAAACGUAACGAUCAUACCUGAAAUAUUGGUCAUCAACAGUGCUACCAGGAAGUCAAGGGCCAACAUAAAGUUCAUUGAUAAGGAAUCGAAGGAACCGGCCAAGAGAAAGAAAAAAAUUGAUCCUGCCAUGCAAGGUUACAAACGACGUAAAUCUGUGUGUCGGUCAGCAUCCAAGUCCAGUGUACUGUCCGCUUCAACAGGGACAUCUUCUAUUCCGGAUGAGGAUAUCAUUGUAAUUUCAGCAAAUGAUAUCCUACUCACAGAUCCCAAUGCAAUUGAAGGAAGAAUACAGAAUAUUGAGAACGAAUGCGAUCACAACGAGAAACCGACGGAGGAGGCUACUGUUUGCCAGUCCGAGAGUGGGUCGAAGGAGGAGUUGAUGAAUUCGCUGGCUCUGAAAGAAGCUAUUGUGAAAGAGCUGGAACAUGAGGCGCCCUUGAGCGAUAAUGACCCAAAGAAGGAAGAACUAGAGGAAAACUCUUUUCCAAUUCCGACAACGGAUAUUGCGCUGGAAGACAUGCUGGAUGCUUGGAUCGAAAAAGAACCGACUGGUAAUGAUCCCGACGCAGUGUUCCACUCGAUAUCGCCGGAGGAGAAAUUCCUAAUGGAUUCUUUGUUUGCUGAUUGCGAGAAGCAGUCGCAGCAACUUCCCAGUCAGGAGCACCUGGAGUCCCUCAAUACCAUUAUGGAUGACGGGAAGCCGUUGGUGGAACGCUCUAAUGAGGAACCGAUCGCUCUCUGCUAUACCAUAUGCGAUGGGACUGUGCAACCGGAAGUCGUGCACAUGCAAGUGGAUGCUUCGAAUACCCCCGCUGUUGCUGUAGAAUCCGUUUGGGAUGCCAGCAAAAUCAAACCUCCACAUAUCAAGAUUAUUCAAAAUUAUCAUAAGUACCCAUUCCAGAACAAACUACCGAAAAAGCAACAGCAAGUCAACAGGAAUGCCACCCAGCGUGGACGACGCGGACGCAAAAGAAUUGUAGCAAUGGGAGGAUCAGACGAAGAAUACCGCCCUUCAAACAGUCGCGUCAGAAAACGUCGUGUGAACAACAAGCCGCAGCAAGCAAAACUAAAAUCCAAGCUGCCGAAGACGGAUUUCAAGCCAACGGAAAAACUUCUCUCGAAGAAGGGUGAUGCGAACCAUGAAAAGCAGGUGGAAGCCCAGGAAAAUUCGAAAUUAGACGUUGAGACUACGUCGUCAGUGUGUAUGCAUAUGCCUACUCUGGAGGAGGAUUUGGCGUUGACUAGUUCGGAUGAUAAUUCGGCGUCUAUGGUGGGCGAUAAGAAUAGUGGUAGUUCCGAAGAGCAACUCGUCAUGCCACCGUUGAAAAAAAGAUCCUCCAUGCGCUCAGGGAAGACUUCGAAGGAUAAAGGUCCCAUGAAGGUGAGAAGCACUGGUAAUGGUUUGAAGCUUGUUCUGUCAGCGGUGCGCAAGCGAGGCCGACCCAAGGUGAUCAAACCCGGCUACUCUACUAACCAACAUUCAACACCAACUAACAAAGGCCACACGGAACCGUCUGAGACUUGUUCGUCUAAACGAAGAGGACGUCAGAUGGGUCGCAAAUCGGAAAAGUCCGAUUCCUACUGCCCAACUUCUGAACGCAAGGAAAGUUCUAGGGCUUCUUUCAGUUCGCAGAAGCAGUCUACUUCGGAACAGUCGUUCUGCACGUUGAGAAAUGAGGACAAUAAUACUACGAAGAGACCAGUGCAAAGGCGAAAGCGUAGACUUCUGACCAGCAGUAGCAGUGAGGAAGCAGAAACCACUUCUAUCAGUAACAGCGCUAUAACUGAAACAGAGCCCGAGCUACAGUUGAGUGCGUCUUCCAUUUCGUCGGAGACGGACCAAGUUACUGCACAAGAUUAUGCUGCGGAAGGGGGAAAAGAUCUAAACGACGGUCAACAGGUUGCUGAUACAAUGAACAAUCUACAGAUUGUAAUUUCACCGCUUACGGAAGAGAAGAUACGUUUGAUCAACACUCCGCUGAAAAAGCCCAAGACAUUCACCAAGGCCAGCCAAACGGAGAUAUGUGGCAUGACUUGGUCCAUCGACUUGGAUCAGAUCGACUUUCACUCGGAAUACUUUAAUAAAUUCCGCACCCUGUUAAACCACGGUGCAAAACGUACACCAAUGCGUGAGGCCAAUAACGAAAGGGUGCCAACAGGUGUACCAGUAGGAUGCGAGCGUAGCUUCAGCGACGUCGACAUUCCGAGCCGAUCAGCGCUACAUCACAUAAUGAAUUCCCAAUCUCCACCCGUAGAACAGCCUAUAAAACCAACUGCAAACGGAAACAAUAGAACUUAUACAGACAUGUUAUUGUUUCAUCGUGAAGUAAGCGAACUCGAACAUAAUACAUCCAGCAAGUCGGAGGAUCCACCAACCCGUCAAAGAUUGGAGCAGGUAGUCAAUACCGUACGGUCAACUUUCCGAAUACCAAAGCUGGCCAAAAAACCAUCUACGUCACCACAAGUGGUGACAUCGUCUACCCCGCAUGUAGUCGAUCCCAAUUGCAGAGAUGACGAACCUGCCUUGAGUCCAGUUCCAUCGACAUCCCGUUCCGAACACAAUAGGCCUGCACCUAGCGCUGGUACCGUGCAACGGCUUAUCAUCAACGACUACGUCGACGAUCAUGUCAAGCACUCUAAUGAUCGGCAAGAACUAAAACCGCAUAUUAUCAUGCAGGAACGAUUUGUGCCACCGGUCAGUCGAAACGUGAAUCCAGAUUUGAAUCCUUUGGCUGUAUCGAUAGCUGACAAUAGAGCACAAGCCGGUGGGCAGGCAGUAUCGAAUCAGGUUUCUCAACCGGGACCGUCUUUGGCGGUGGAAAAGAAAAGCAGUAUUCCGAAUCGUUCUGAAUUGUUCAACGUUAAACGGACAAUUCGAAACGACAUUGCGCAGCCUCAGGCACUGCCUAUGUUGCAUGGCCUUCAGCAGCCCGUUUCGCAACCCUACGUUCCGGAAGCGUGUAAGUACAAUCCACCGCAGCAGCCCACUUUACUUAGCUUUCCGAUGCUUGGAGGCUUCCAACCGUCCUUCGCUGGGGGAAACACUAACUCUUUCAACCGUGGGUUGUUGUCUGGUUAUUCAGGAAUGAAUAUUCCGUCAAUGUUCAGUGGUGGAAUGCUGGGAAUGCAGGGAAUGCAGCAUCCUGAAAGCAAUGUUAACAACUUGAUAGCCAUGUUGUGGGAGCAAUGCUGCCAGCAACAAAUGAAUCAAGCCGCUAUGCCACCUUCGGUGGCAUCAAUGGUGCCUAACCAAAACGCUCCCAGCCAGCAGCCAGGUCUGGGGCAAUUGUUCCCUCAGAUGAGUGUGCCCUCUGCAGGCCCGCAGUUCGAGCCGCAACGUACUAACGAGCAGUUGGAAGUCAUAAGCUUCACCUUCGGGUGUAUCGAUUUCCUGACUAACAAAUGCAUCAGAACCCACUGUCGAUACUCGCACGUAGUUCCGAAAGAGGAGGAUGUUUUCCAGAAGCUUUUCAUCCAGAACCGAGACUCCAUUAUGGCAGCCUACAAGUUUGUCGCCAUUCGGGACGAUCUUUUCAACAAAUACUUCCCGGUGUUUGCAACAGUGAUGGGUCGAAACAACAUGCGACACCAACUGGUCAGCACGAUCACGGAUUGUGAACAACCGAAGCGUCCCAUCCAGUACUACAAGUACAUUGUGGAAGGCCUGAAAAUGAGUGGCACCAGUCCGGUUCAGGCGGUCCAGAUCGUUUUGGAUAAGCAUACCAAGAAAAAUUUCCAUCAAAUCAAUGUUCUAGUAGACCUGAUUCUGGACACAGGCGACGGCAUUCCGACGUUUCUUCGUACAUUGGAGGAAUUUUCUAAUGUGAAAGAUUACCGAUUCGAGAUCGUAUACAUCAAUCGGUUGCUGGAAUUCUGCAAUAAAGUCGAGCUAUCGUCGAAUGAACUUGCUGUAUUCAUUUCGAAGCUUGUACUGAAUGUUCCUGCUGGAGAGGAGCAUCUGGUGAGCGCCGGAGCAUUGAUCGAGUUUACUGGGAAGGUGAGACUUGACCCGGAGUUGGCGAUGAACGUGGAGUACAUCGUUAGGAAGUAUGGCAAAAUUGAAAUGACCCCAUAGUUGUUAGGUGUAAAGCUUCUCAAGAGACUCAGGUGUAUUAUUUCUUUUCUAUGUUUUUUGCUAUGCUGUAUCUGCUUGGAUACAUCAAAACGAAGUAUUGAUUGUUUUUUGUCAUUUCUUAAAAGCAUUAUGAUAAUUUGUAAGACUGAAGCAAACAUGUUGAGCAUAACGAUGUUAUGAUUUUUUUAUUUAUCAAGGUGGUAAGCGAGCUGUACCAUGUAACGUUCUGACCGUAAUUAAUAAA